CUGUACAGUAGAAUCACAUCUGCUGACAAAUAAAGGACUUUAAAACUAAGCUUUGACGAAAACCAGAGAACGAUUAUAUGAAAUUGACAUUUGAAGACUAAAUUAUUCGAUGUUCAUUUUAAAAUAACAAUACUGUGAAAACACACCAGGCCUGUACGGACCAAACAAUAUUAUUUUGUGUCAUCUCUUUUUGUUAUUGGUUAUAGUUUUUCAGUGGACAAACAAAUUCGUUUCUAUAUAUUGAACGCGCUGUCGUUGAUGCUGUGAAGAAUAUCCGUUUCUCCUCACGGCUUGUUGUUUAUCUGGAGAGGUCAUGGGUAUUGGCGACCCUCUCGAGAUCUCAGGUAGUGAGUUGGUUCAUAUUUUGCGGACUCCCUCUGAGCUCUUUGCGUCUGGGGGAUGCAUCGUGUUGGACUGUCGGCCGUUCCUCGCCUUCUCCCGAACGCACAUCCUCGAGUCCCGCAACGUCAACUGGAAUUCCAUGCUGAGACGGAGAUCCAAAAGCUCCGUGGUGUGCCUGGAAUGGCUGGUGGCCGAUAAGUCGCUCCUGGCCCAGCUACGGAACGGGGACUUCUCUCCGGUGGUGGUCCUGGAUGACAACAGUCGUUCGGUCAGAGACCUGAAGAGCGAGAGUCUGGCCAGUCUCCUCAUCAGUGCCCUUCAGUCAGAGGUCCAGUCUGCCUCGACGCACAUCUGCUUCUUACAAGGUGGAUUCGACGGGUUCUUUGCACUUUAUCCAGAGCUCUGCUUUAAACCUCCGGUCAUGUGCUCAAAUCAUCCUGCUCUCAGUGAUUCAGAGCCUGUUGUUUCUGGAAGAAAGACUCCUCUUUAUGAUCAGGGUGGUCCAGUUGAAAUCCUCCCCUUUCUGUUUCUGGGCAGUGCACAUCACUCAUCCAGACGGGAGACUCUGGAGCGAUGCGGGAUCACGGCUGUGCUCAAUGUAUCCUCUUCCUGUCCCAACCUUUUUGAAGAGGAGCUUCAAUACAAAACUCUGAAGGUGGAGGACAGUUUGGCCGCAGACAUACGCGUCCUCUUUCCAGAGGCCAUCCACUUCAUUGAAUCAAUAAAAGAGAGUGGUGGUCGAGUGCUGGUCCACUGUCAAGCAGGAAUCUCCCGGUCAGCCACCAUCUGCCUCGCAUACCUCAUACACGCUCGGCGGGUCAGUCUGGACGAGGCCUUUGACUUCGUAAAACGCCGUCGACAAGUCAUCUCACCCAACCUAGCCUUCAUGGGCCAGCUUCUUCAGUUCGAGACGGAUGUUUUGUGCCCCUAUCCUGUUCUAGAAAGAGAAAACAGUGGCACUGCGUUUUGAACUUUAAUAUUUUGAACUGACUCCACUAACUGGCCACAGCUUUGACCUCAAAGACUGUGACAGAUCUGCAAAGGUGCUUUCAGGAAGUUUUUGUUCGAUGCCAUCUAUGGGUGUACAAAUAAGAGACAUGAGACUCUUAAUAAGGGACCAAAUGGCCUACACCGUGGCAUUACUUAACUUGUUUGGGUAGUGUUGUAGAUGGCAUCAGCAGACUACCUGUACUUAAUUGUUUAUGGCAAUACAAACUAUACAUAGACAAAUGCCUUUCUGUGUUUCCGAACAACAACACUGCUACACCCAACAGCCCUCAUGGAAAAUGUAAUAAUCACAUGUCAUUGUGACACUGUACUACUGUGAUCUUAAAACAUUGUCCCAGGAUAACUUGUAUAUGAGAUAUUGAUGAAACAGACAAACAACUUAGUUUCGUUUUCAUUUUGGCUUCAGCGGUACUAUACGUUUAGGAUGUAUGUGUGCAGAUCAUCAUAGCAUGAAGUUGUGUUGCAUCAGUCAGUGUUCCAUUUGACUGCUGUGACUGAUGCUGUGACCAUAUAUGGCUGUGACGUGUGGUUAGUCUUCUGUCUGCUAAAUGUCAAGUUUUUCCAUGAAGUUACUGUCUAAUUGUCAUUCUCAGACAAGUUUUAAAGGGCAAAGACCUGACAAACUGUGAUCUUAGGUCAUUUUAUAAGGAAGUUUAGUGGCGUUGCGAUAGAUAACGGGCACUAAAGCCAUUUUGUAAUUUAUUUUUUAUGAAGUGUUAUUUUAUUUCAUUUCUUUUUGUGAAUAUUUAUUUAUAUAUUUUCAUUCGAGCAAUGCACUUUAAAUUAAAUUUGUUUUGAUAAGAUCUUUUGUAAGCUAUGUGGUUCACUUAUUUCAGUAUGUAAAUAAAAUGAUGGAUUCAUUUGUUUAAUGCAAAA